GAAGGCUGCGGCGUCGCGUACCCUGAUUGGUGAUUUACCCAUCAUUUUCACUGUUGCACUAAUCAGACUAUUCCAUUUCUCUCCAUCACCACCAUCCAAACUCUUUCAAUGGCGCUCUACGUUCUAUCACGCCGUUUAUCAACCAAAUCAACCUCACCAACACUCUUCACCUUUCGUUACUUCUCAUCAACCACUACCUUCAGAGAAGAACGCGACACAUUCGGACCCAUUCAAGUUCCCUCCGAUAAACUAUGGGGAGCACAGACUCAACGAUCUUUGCAGAAUUUCGAUAUCGGUGGUCCCCGUGAACGUAUGCCUGAACCUAUCAUUCGCUCUUUCGGCAUCUUGAAAAAAUGCGCUGCUAAGGUUAAUAUGGAGUAUGGUCUUGAUCCUACUAUUGGAAAAGCGAUUAUGAAGGCCGCGCAAGAAGUUGCUGAUGGAAAGCAUAAUGAUCAUUUUCCUCUUGUUGUUUGGCAAACUGGAAGUGGUACUCAAAGUAACAUGAAUGCUAACGAGGUUAUUGCAAACAGAGCCUCAGAGAUUCUUGGCCAUAAGCGCGGUGAGAAGUUUGUGCACCCAAAUGACCAUGUCAAUAUGUCACAAUCUUCUAAUGAUACAUUUCCAACUGUGAUGCACAUUGCCGCUGGAACUGAAAUAAACUCAAGACUAAUCCCCAGCUUGAAGACAUUACAUGCUACACUUGACGCAAAGUCGAUUGAAUUUAAAGAUAUAGUCAAGAUUGGGCGCACUCAUACUCAAGAUGCUACACCUUUGACUCUCGGACAGGAGUUUAGUGGGUAUACUACACAACUGAAGUAUAGUCUUGAUCGUGUGAUUACCAUUUUGCCGCGUAUGUAUCAGCUUGCCCAGGGUGGUACCGCUGUAGGGACUGGAUUGAAUACAAAGAAGGGGUUUGAUGUUAAGGUGUCACUAGCAGUAGCUACGGAAACAAAUCUGCCCUUUGUAACAGCAGAAAAUAAGUUUGAGGCUUUGGCUGCCCACGAUUCUUUUGUUGAAACUAGUGGAGCCCUCAACACAAUUUCGGCUUCUUUAAUGAAGAUAGCUAAUGAUAUACGGUUAUUAGGAAGUGGUCCCCGUUGCGGUCUUGGUGAACUCAUUCUUCCUGAAAACGAACCGGGAAGCAGUAUUAUGCCUGGGAAGGUUAACCCUACCCAGUGUGAGGCUUUGACUAUGGUCUGUGCACAGGUCAUGGGAAACCAUGUUGCAAUCACUGUGGGAGGAUCAAAUGGUCAUUUUGAGCUCAAUGUAUUCAAGCCAGUGAUUGCCAGUAAUCUCCUGCAAUCGGUGAGACUGCUUGGAGAUUCAUGUGCUUCCUUUGAAAAGAAUUGUGUAAGAGGUAUUCAAGCUAAUAGAGAAAGAAUUUCAAAGCUAUUGCAUGAGUCACUCAUGCUGGUCACAUCCUUGAACCCGAAAAUUGGUUAUGACAAGGCAGCUGCAGUUGCCAAGAAAGCCCACAAAGAGGGGUCUACACUUAAGGAAGCUGCAUUAAAGCUUGGAGUGCUGACUUCUGAAGAGUUUGACAGUCUUGUGGUUCCCGAGAAAAUGCUUGGCCCAAGUGAUUGAUUAGCAUAUGAUGAUGUAUUGUUUUAAUAAUUAUUGGCUCCUCAUCAGCUACGUUGGAUUAAUAUUUUUGAAGCGUACCCAUUGAAUGAAUUGGGAAAUAGAAAUCCAAAUAACCAAUGAUUUUGACUUUCUUAGCAGACAUUCUUGAGGAAAAAGAUUCUCCAAAUUUGUAACGAGGCAACAAAUAAAGGAAAAGUUUUGCUCACUGUCUUUGAUUUA